AUGACGAUGCGCCUCCUGAUGGAGAAGUUCGUCUGGCACGGAAUUCAGAAGGACUCCCUCGAAAGGGCCAGGACCUGCAUUCCGUGCCAAUCAAGUAAAGUAAGUCAGCACACAGAAUCAAACGUGGGCCGAAGAUUCGGCUGCAUUCACAUAGACGUCGUGGGUACCCUGCCCCUGUCGGAAGGCGCCAGAUACCUCCUGACGAUAAUCGACCGCUCCUCCAGAUGGCCUGAGGCAACUCUGUUGUCAGAGGCAACCACCAAAGCAUGCGCCGAAGCCCUUCUCGCCAGCUGGAUCAGUCGAUUCGGAGUGCCGGAUGAUAUCACGACGGACCGCGGACCUGUUUUCCUGUCAGAGUUGUGGACCGCCCUGGCCCGCCUGAUGGGGACAUCGCUACACGCCACCACCGCCUACAACCCAGCGGCUAACGGCAUGGUGGAAAGGGUCCACCGAUCUCUCAAGGCUUCCCUAAUGGCACGCUGCACCGGCGAGGACUGGAAGAGCCAACUACCGUGGGUCCUCCUCGGCCUCCGGACUACCCCUCAGGCGAACAGCGAAGCAUCACCUGCAGAGAAGGUAUACGGGGAACCAUUGGCAGUCCCAGGCAAGUUCUUCCCGACUAAUGCCGACGACACAGACGUCUCCAUCACCAGACUUCAGGAAUCCGCCGGAAAAUUCACGCCCUGCAUCAAGACCUUCUCCGACAGAACCAAACACUUCCUCCCGAAGGCCCUAUUGUCCUGCAAACACGUCUUCAUCAUGGACGACGCCCCCCCCCUCCCCCACCACUGA